CCAGCCCUAAUCCGUUCGGGGGAGAGCUAGAGCAGAGACAGCGAUAGUAACAAAUGGCAUCUUGUGACGAAUCAGAAAGGAGCGAAACCGUUGAAAAGGUUGACGGUGAGUUGAACAAGGAAGAUACAAUGAAUGAGGAGCCUCAGCAGGACGGUGCGUCUAGCGGCAUGAGAACUUCUAAGAACUCCCCUGUUCUAAAAAGGAAAAUAGCAUUCUUGUCAGGUGCUAAACAUGAAGGCCACCUUAUUCUUUCAAUUACUAGUAAUGGAAUGGCUGUAUUAGAGGGAGAUGGAUCGCUUGACAGCCUUGAUAUUACUAUGAAAUAUAUCAGCUCAUUGAUGGACGGUAGCUCUGAUACAGCACAAAAGGGUCUUAAAUUUCUAAUAGAUUGCAGAAGAAACAGUCAGGCACAUAUUAUAAAGACAGUCUUAGAAAAGAUAGCUUCUGAGGAUUGUCCCCUUCCUUGUACCUGCGUUAUAUUGUUCAAGUCGGUCUCACAGCUCAAUCAGCUCACUUCUUUGUUCUCAAAGAAUAAGGCAAAGCUUGUUACUUCAGAAAUCAAAGAAAAACUUAAUAUUAUUACAGUUAAGGACAAAGAAGAAUUGUUUCGUCUUGUUCCUCCUGAAUUGUUAACUGAAGAUUUUGGUGGUAGCUUUCAUUAUGAUCAUGAGCAGUGGAUAAGAAACAAUAAGUUGUAUGAAAAAGUGAAAAUUCUUCGUGGGAAAAUUCUUGAAAAGAUGCCUCACGUGAGAGAUGGUUUAAAUGAUUUUGAGAUUCCUCAAAGUGUGAAGGAUGCCGAGAGAUUAAUGACAGAGCAGCUAAAGUUGAAGGAGUUCUUUGUCAAUAUGUUUGCUGAGAUUGAUGUGUGUAUUGACCAGCUAACUACUUAUCUGGUGGAUCAGUCUCAAGACACUACUCUAUCUGGUGCAUCUGCUGUAGCUAUGCUCUCAUCAGAACAUGUACUUGCCUAUCUAAACAGAACUAACGAAGAAGUUCACGAGGAACAAGCAGAGUUUGAUAAAUUCUGGGCAUUGCAUAAGGCACGCCUUGAUCACAUGAUGCGUACUUGUCAUUAUAAAAGGACUGUGGAAAAGGUCAAACAUCUUGUACAAGGUCAUAUUGAUGACUUAACAAGGGCUGAUUUGGCCAUUGGGGAAAACCUUGAGGUAGCACUAGAAUUGGGAGAAAAGCACGAAGUAUUUGUGUCUACUUGUAAAGAGAAAAUUGAUUCACAUAUGAAAGAAAUUCAAGAAGAGCAGACACAAAUAUCAAAGCUACCAACUGGAAGUGAAAUCAAGAAUCAGCUGCUGCUAAAGGACAUUAAUGAUGUUAAGCAAUCAGUUCAAUUGCUAACAGAGUCAUAUCAAGAGCUGAUGAAGCUUUGCCAACAAAAACGUGACCUGUUCAUUGUGGCAGUAAAAUUUCACAUGUCAGUGAGACAGUGUGAACAAUGGUGCUCAACUGUUAAAGAAUUUGUUGAAGUAUCUCCACUUGAUGAUGUAUCUCCAGAUAAAGCUGGUGAAUUGGUAGAACAGGCUGAGAGUAUAAUGCAGCAAAUGACUCAGCGUCAAUUGAAUUCUAUGAAAGAAUUUGCUUCUUGCCUUCCAGAGAAACAAGUCAAAAAAUUAACUAGUAAAACAGCCAACAAAUGUAACAGUAGUCGUGAAAAGUUAGAGAAUUACAAAACUAAAUUAUUACAACUGUUAGCUCUUAGCUAUGCACCACCAGCACCUCCUCCUCCUCCUAUGGAGUUAUUAGAUUCAACUGAUGGAGGUGGUUCAGAUUCUCUGAAAUCAGAUAAAGUGGAUCCAGCAAGCAGUAACCCUCCUUCUUGGACACAGGAUUAUCCUGAUGAUGAAAGUGAUCCUGCCGUGUUAAGAAAAAGAGAGUUUGUGUAUAAAGAGGUUAUACAGACUGAGAAGGAUUACAUAAAUGACCUCAAGAUUAUAUUAGAUAGUUACUAUAAUGAAAUGUUGCCUGAGGACAGAGUCCCAUUGCGUCUGAGAGGAAAGCGAAGCGAUAUUUUUGGAAAUCUUGAAGCAAUCUUUUUGUUUCAUAAUGAAGUUUUUUUGAAGCAGUUAGAGCUGUAUGAAAAUCACCCUGAGAGAGUAGGAUCCUGUUUCAUCAAACACAGUUCAGAUUUCCAGUUGUAUUCUAGCUAUUGUCAGAACCGUCCUAAAUCUGAAGCAUUGCUAACAGAAAGUCCAGAAUGUCAAUCUUUUUUUAAGGAAAUUCAAAUUCGCUUAGCUCAUCAACUUCCUCUUAACUCAUUUUUGAUCAAGCCCAUUCAAAGAAUCACAAAGUACCAGCUUUUAAUCAAGGAUAUGAUUAAAUAUUCAUCAAAGGCACCGCAAGCAUUACGUGACCUGCAAACAGGUCUCAGUAUUAUGCUCCAAGUGUUAAAGAGUUUGAAUGAUUCUCUUCAUGUUGUUGGACUCAAAGGAUUUCCUGGAGCUUUGGUUGAACAAGGGAGAUUAUUGGUUCAUGAUCCCUUUCAAGUUUGGGAAAUGGGGCACUCUAGAAAUAUUCUCUCACGAAGUCAUGAGCGCCAUGUCUUUCUAUUUGAGAAAGUGUUGAUCUUCAGUAAGAAGAAGGAAGAACAGACUCAGCAAAAACACAAAGAGAAUAAAUCGAAUUCAUACUUUUACAAGAAUCACUUACACUUGUCUGAUGUUCGACUCAAGGAACAGCCUGAUGAAAAUCCUUUGUGUUUCACUUUAUUAGUUCAUGGACAAAACAGAAUGUACAAACUACAGGCGAAUAGUAAGGACGUUUGCGUAAUGUGGACUAAGGAGUUACAUAGGAUCCUGUGUGAUCCAUUCAGUUUAUUGAAAGACGUUGUACUGAAAUCUGGCACUUUAGACAGAGCUACUGCUGCCAAGUUUACAAAAAUGAGCAAAAGUGUACAAGGAAAAUCUCAGUUGUUUGAUGGAGUAAUGCCUUCAGAGAAUAGCACAGCAUAUGGACCCAAAAAAUCAUUUAGUGGGCGUUUCAAACUCAACAUUCGUCCUGGGAAAAAGAAAUCUGCACCAAAUGCACAAGAAAGAGGUAGUGGUAGUCAAACACCAACACCAACAGGUUCAGAUAAAGAAAAGCAUCAGAUGGGAUACAGAGAUGAUCAAGCUCUCUUUUCAAGUGUUCCUACGAAAUUAUCAGCACGCACUUUCUCUCAUGAUGAUUUACUGAGUGACAACAGCAAGGAAGCGGAGGAAUGGUCAGACGGUGAGGAUGAGAGUGGUAGUCCUGGAACAGCAGAUCACUAUGAAAUACUCGCUCCCGGAACUGCUCACUUUUACACUGCAGUAGCCGACUAUGCACCAAGUGGAGAUGACCAAGGGAUUCCUCUCAAGAUUGAUCAAGAAGUUGAAGUUAUUGGCAUCAAUGACAGUGGUUGGUGGUGGGUUCGUGCUACCAACUAUGUCAGUGGUGAAACAUUGGAGGGCUGGGUACCUGCCAGUCAUUUGAGGGUUUCGAAAAUAUAAUAAUACGAAUUUAAGUGUCAUGAUCAAUUAUUUUUAAAUUCAUUAAUUGGGAUUAUUCUUUAGGCCUUCAUUGGUCAAUCAUUGUGUCAUAAGUAAAAAAUAAUAUUCUUUAUCAGUGAUUGUGAA